UGUAUACCGUAUAUCGUCAUACGAUGGCCAAGUUUUAUAAACUGGAUAUAAAUCGCACGGAAUGGGAAAUCCCUGACACCUAUCAACAAUUACAAUCGGUUGGUAGUGGGGCAUAUGGACAAGUAUGCAAAGCCAUUGUACGUGGGUCCAAUAUGAAAGUGGCAAUCAAGAAGUUGGCCCGCCCAUUCCAGUCUGCCGUACAUGCAAAAAGGACAUACCGUGAAUUGAGACUAUUGAAGCACAUGGAUCAUGAAAAUGUCAUUGGUUUAUUAGAUGUCUUUCAUCCCGGUCAACCACCAAAUUCUUUAGAAAAUUUUCAGCAAGUUUAUUUGGUGACACAUCUUAUGGAUGCGGACCUCAAUAACAUAAUUCGUACUCAAAAAUUGUCGGACGACCACGUACAGUUUUUGGUCUAUCAAAUUCUUAGAGGUCUAAAGUACAUUCAUAGCGCUGGAAUAAUACACAGAGAUUUGAAGCCAUCAAAUAUUGCUGUUAAUGAGGAUUGUGAAUUAAGAAUUCUAGAUUUUGGAUUGGCACGACCAGCAGAAAGCGAAAUGACGGGUUAUGUAGCUACUCGUUGGUAUAGAGCUCCAGAAAUCAUGCUUAAUUGGAUGCACUAUAACCAAACUGUUGAUAUUUGGUCUGUAGGUUGCAUCAUGGCUGAGCUGCUUACAGGACGCACGCUUUUCCCGGGUACAGACCAUAUACACCAAUUAAAUUUGAUAAUGGAAAUUUUAGGUACUCCACCAGAAGAUUUUAUGCAGAAAAUUUCUUCAGAUAGCGCUCGCAAUUAUAUUCGUUCGCUACCGAUUAUGCAGCGCCGUAAUUUCCGCGACGUGUUUCGCGGAGCAAAUCCUUUGGCAAUAGAUCUCUUGGAGAAAAUGUUAGAAUUAGAUUCUGAGAAACGUAUUACAGCAGAACAGGCUUUAGCCCAUCCAUAUAUGGAGAAAUAUCACGAUCCUACAGAUGAACAAACUUCACCAUUAUAUGAUCAAAGUUUUGAAGAUAUGGAUUUGUCAGUUGAAAAGUGGAAAGAACUAGUAUUUAAUGAAGUAUUGAAUUUUACGCCAUUGCCGGCCUUCGCUGAUGUUCUAAGACAAGCUCAACAAUCGCCUGGCCAAGGCCAAAGGUCACAACAAUAA